GGCUGGUUCUCCAGGAAACGUCAUGAUUGACGCCUGAGAUAACUGUCCCCACGAAGCGGAAAAACUCCGUUUUCUCGGAGGAUGCGACAAGUCAGAGCAUUUAAUUUCCACGAAACAGGAACAUGGCAAAGGGUAAACAGGCCGACGAGGAGCUCACCAAGGUGCUAAACCAGCUCUGGCAGCUGGAUACCAACCGCCUCAGGCCCGGGACUGAUUAUAUUAUUUCCCUCCAGGGGAGGGCAGGUUAUGUGGCUCAGGGCAGUAACUAUGCCAGAGACAGAGCCAGUGCUCCACUCUUCACAUAUGUCAAUGAAGAUAAACUCAAGAGUAUUGCAACAUAUGCACAUUUCAUCAGCUUGCUGGACAACUAUGAGAUGGCCACAGGUGUGUCAGAGACGGUCACUUCAGAGGAGCUUAAAGAGAACAAGCUGUUCAUCGAUGCCAUACUGGAGACUGAUGUCAUGAAGUGUGCUCACAAAUACCUGGUCAGGAAGGGGCAAUCGCCAUCAGACCCUGCGCAGUUCAAGAGGCAGCUGUAUGACAUCUGGUUCCGCCUUUACCACAGGGAGAGGAGUGGAGGUGAAGAUUCUUGUGGAUUUGAACAUGUGUUUGUUGGAGAAACCAAAUUCGGCAAGGAGAUCAUGGGUCUGCACAACUGGGUCCAGUUCUACCUGCAGGAAAAACACAAGCAUGUUGACUACAAAGGUUACAAAGCAAGAGACAACAAAGACACACCUGAUGAAGACGACCAUGUCUUGAACCUGCAGUUCAGCUGGAAGGGCUUGGUGAAGCCGGUUGGCGGCUCCUUCAUUGGUGUCAGUCCAGAGUUCGAGGUCGCUCUCUUCACCAUCAUCUUCCUCAUGUCGACAGAGAAGAUGACGUCUGUGGUGGUGAAGGUGGAUGAGUACAUGCUGGAGCUGGUUGUGUAUCGGCACGGGCGAUCCAUCGGCACAUCUUUCCCUAAACUGCUCAGCAGCAACAACAGGGAUUUGUAACACGUCACCACACAGGCUAUCAGCAGUCACGUUAAAUUUACAUGUUUUUUGCUUUGACCUAAUUUCUAUGCAGUAUAAUCUCAAAACAAACCUGGGUCAGGUUCUCUUUGCACUAAACAGGCUUUAACUAUCAAUAACAAUCAAUAGUUUUUGCUUAAACAUCCUGAUCUGGAAUUAUAUCAUGGAUGGAGCAUAAUUUGUUAUUAAAAACAUUUCCGUAAUAUUCUGUAUAUUAUUGUGGAGAAAAUAAAACUGUCUGUGUU